UUUAUCCGUAUCUCUAUUACAUCCACGGAAAUUUUAUCCGUAUUUCUAACUAUUGCCGUUUAGAGACACGGAUUCCUUCCGUGGAAGGUGCCAAAAGCAGCACGGAUUUAUUUACGGAAAUAUCUAGGGAUAUUUUUAAAGUCACGGAAAUUUUCCGAUUGAAGGAAAAUGCAUCCGUAUCUCCAUUACAUCCACGGAAAUUUUAUCCGUAUUUCUAACUAUUUCCGUAUUGCCGCUUAGAGACACGGAUUUCUUCCGUGGAUGGUGCCAAUAGCAGCACCGUAAAUGUUCUCCCACUUUUCUGUGCGCAUGCGCUGUUCAUAAAUGUUCGGUGGUGGGGGCAAUUUCCGAGGUGUAUUCUCUUACUGGAACCACUUUAUACACGAAGUUUCUUAUGAGCGCUUCACUAACGGUAUUCUCUACUUCAGUCUUAGUCAGUUCAAGCCGGACAACAGUCGUCAUUACAUCGUUUUACAUUUAUUAUUUAUUAUUAAAUAAACUGUUCUACUAAUAAGCAUAAUAAAAUAAUUAAAAAAUUCUUAUUUGAUAACGUAGUUCGCAAUAAAAAUAAGUGAUUUGAAAAUUUUUAAAUAUUUAUUGUGUUGAGGGUUAAAAGAUUAUUUAAAAUGGAAAGAGGUUAUACUACGAUAAGUGAAAAUAAUAUCGUUUUCAAAUGGAAGAUUGAUCAAAUUGAUUUUAUCAUCACUAGUCAAACUGAUUUGACUUUUAAUUCUUCUGAAUUCUCAUCAAGAUCUAAAGUCAAAGACAGAUGGUGUCUUAAAUCAAUCUUUGAUUCUACAGAAUAUGUAGACUUUUACUUGUGUUUAAAAAGUGAUCAUCACGAUUUGAAAACAAAAUUUUCAUUUUUUCUUUUGGAUAGUAAGAAAGAAAAAGUUUAUAUCGCAAAGUAUCAAGAACUUUUCAGUAAAGGAGAAAGAAAGUGUUAUUCUUUAGGAAAACAAAAUUUACUGGACAAAAAAAAUCGAAAUUUACCUGGAGAUACUUUGACAGUGGGUAUUGAUCUUACUGUGUAUGGCAGCCCUAUUACAAUUUCCACAAAAUUUGAAUUAAAUAUUCCAAAACGUCCAAUGGCUCAUGACUUCACAGAGAUUUAUAACUCUGGAAUCGGCAGCGAUGUUGUUAUAAAUGUGGGCGAUACUAAUUUUGAAGCUCACAAAAGCAUUCUGAUGGCGCGAAGUCCUGUUUUUGCCGCAAUGUUUUCUCAUGAUAUGAUUGAGAAGAAAGAAAGUAAAAUAUCAAUAUCAAUACCAGACAUUACUCCAAGGGUAUUCGAAAAAGUCCUUGAGUACAUUUACACCGAUAAAGUAACUGGUCUGGAUGAAAUUAAUGUUGAUUUAUUAAAAGCUGCGGACAAAUAUCAACUACGAUCACUUAAAAAUAUUUGUCAGGAAUCGCUUGGUAAAAUUUUGACUCUCGAAAAUGUAGUUUAUUUUAUGGCUUUAGCUGAUUUGUAUAACGCCACUCAUCUGUUUAGAUUUACAACUAAUUUUUUGGUUUUAAAUAUAGAAAAUGUCAUUGAUAAUCUGGAUUUUGAAGAAUUAGAGAAAUCACAACUUUCUCUAGCAUUGAAACUGAUGAAAGGAUUCAUUUUGAAAAAUGCUCAAAGAGCUGGUAUUCCUGAUCCAAUUGCAAAGUGAUUUGAUAAUAAUUUAAAUAUCCAAAAUUGGAACUACGUGCAAUAACAUGGUGCUUAACAGUAUUUCAUAAUUUUAAAACUAAUUUUAUUAUUUAG